AUGAAGCCUACGCGUUCUAGGAGCAGGAAAGCUCUCACUAUUGGGGUUGAGCAAAGUAAUGCGGCUCAGCAAGAAGAUAUUUCUGAAGGGCAGGAAUCCCCAAGGACCCAGCCCGCAAACGAAGAAGCCAUAACCCGUAUGGCCGAGUUUGUGACCGAGAACCCUAACAUUUUCGAGGAGUUAGGGAGGUAUCUUAAGAGACAAGGCAAGCAAAAUGCCGAGUCCUCUAAAAGGAAGUCGGUUGGAUCUCCUGAAGGUUCGUCCGAAGAAGAAUCCGACGGGAGACGCUUGAGCCGUAGUGCUUCGAAGAAAGCAUUCUCCAAGGCCACUUCUAAGAGGGCUCCACCCUUCACGGAUGACAUCAACGAGAAGAGGCUUCCUCCCAAUUUCAAACUUCCCUCGAUACCAUCUUACGACGGCCGAGGAGAUCCUGAAGACCACAUUCAUGCUUUCAUUUCGGCCUUCCGCCUAUAUUGCAUCCCUGACCCCGUCAUAUGCCGAGCUUUCCCAAUAUUCCUCCAGGGGACAGCCCGAAAAUGGUUCUGGGGUUUAGAACUUAGGAGCAUUUCAACCCUGGGGGAAUUAGUGGAGAAAUUUCUUCACCGGUUCGUCUCCUCCCGGCCUACGACCAGAACCUCGGCUUAUCUGUUGAAUAUGCAACAGAACCCGGGAGAAUCACUUCGGUCGUACGUCCAGAGGUUCCACGAAGAAAGCGUACAGAUACCUAACCCUAAUGAGCAGGUCACCAUUGCUGCUUUCACCCAUGGGCUCGUUGUCGGGGUAUUCAAUACGGGGAUCCACAAGAAGUAUCCCCACUCACUCCACGAAUUGUGGUUGAAGGUCGAGAAGGGCAUCCAGACCGAGGACCUCAACCGCAUGAAGAAGGAGGUCCAAACUGCUCGUCCGAAGGUAGACCCCAGAAAGGGGAAAGAUCUUGGCCGAAGUGAAGUGGGGUCAGGGAGUGCCUUCCAAAGUCCUGACCGAGACCGCCGUAGCAUUUUCGACAGGAUUUCCAAGGGGAAGCCACCCAUCCCUGAGUCCGAGUUAAUCCCCCUGAACACCACCCGAUCCCGGGUGUUGUCCGUAAUGGAGCAGAACAACCUCGGAAAGGCCCCUCCCAAAAUGUUCGGCAGCAGGGAUAAGAGGAACUCGAACCUCUACAGUCUGUAUCACCGGGAUAUCGGGCAUGAAACCGAGAACUGCAACGACCUCAAAAGGGAGAUCGAGAACCUCAUCAGACAGGGACACCUGAAGCAGUUUAUCCGCCGAGGUGGAGGUCAACCUCGUAAUGAGCCUCGACGUGACAACCGGGGUGAUCAAUGCCGAGACGAAAGGCGGACGUCGAGAAACAGUUGUAGGCCCCCGAAGGAUCCUAGGGAGACGAAAAGGCUUCCCCGAGACGGAUCUUCGGGUCACGAAUUAGGAUAUAGAUCCAACAUAGCCGGGGUCAUCAAUACAAUCGCCGGAGGUCCAACGGGAGGAGAUAGUCAGAACUCCCGGAAGAGUACCUACAGGCAAGCCAACCCGGAUCAGACCGAAUCAAGCUCUCGCCUAUCCGAGGUGAUCUCUUAUGGACCCGGCGAUCCUGUCCCAGCAGCCUCCAGCAGUCACGAGGCUUUGGUGAUUGAAGUGCUCACCAACAAUUAUAUCGUGAAGAAAGUCGACAUUGACCCGGGAAGUUCGGUGGACGUCAUGUACCUCCGCACGUUUGAUAACCUCAAACUGGCCAGGGAAAGCAUGACCCCGGUAAGAACCCCCCUGGUAGGGUUCGGGGGGCACGUUGUGCAUCCCGAAUGGGUGAUAACGUUGACAGUGACUGUGGGGCAUCAUCUCCGGUGUCGAACCAUCCCAGUCAACUUCGUGGUGGUUAAAGCUGACUCCCCGUACAACCUACUCCUGGACCGACCUACGCUCAACGCUCUGCGAGCGGUAUACUCUACAUACCACUUGAGUUUUAAGUUUCCAACCCCCGCAGGGGUCGCCGAAGUAAGCAGCGAUGUCUGCGCUGCCCGAAAAUGCUACCUCGCCACUUUGCAAGCGGCCUCUCCAAUGACCUCUGAUAGAAGGUCCGAGAAGAGGUCAGACAUCCUGUCGAUAGAUUGCCUCGACCCUCAGCAAGCUGAGAAGUUCCCGAGGCUGGAGACGGGGGACGAGAUGAAAGAAGUCUCCUUGAGUCCCACAAAACCAAAUCAGAUCGUCCGCAUCGGUAUCCGUCUGCCUGGCCCAAUUAAGAAAGGGAUGGUGGAUCUCCUCAGAGAAUACCGUGACGUCUUCGCCUGGGCCGCAGAUGAGGCCCAUGGAGUCCCGCAUCACCUCAUGAUACAUGAGCUGAAUGUCGAUCCCCAAGCCCGCCCAGUCAAACAGAAAAGAAGGCACAUCGGCCCUAAGCGCAGCCGAGCUGUGGGAGAAGAAGUGGACAAGCUCCUACCCGCAAAGAUAAUCCGGGAGGUCCAGUAUCCGAUCUGGUUAUCCAACCCGGUCAUGGUCAAGAAGGACGCGGGGGCUUGGAGGAUGUGCGUCGACUUCACCGAUCUCAAUAAGACCUGCCCCAAAGACUACUACCCAUUGCCCAAGGUCGACACCUUGGUGGACUCGGCGAUGGGUUAUGAGGUCCUCUGUUUCCUUGAUGUCUUCAAGGGGUAUCACCAGAUCGGAAUGAGUCCAGAGGACCAGGAGAAGACAACUUUCUACACUGACCGAGGCACAUACUGCUACACCACCAUGCCCUUCGGGCUGAAGAAUGCCGGGGCAAUGUAUCAACGCCUGGUCAACCAGGCUUUCAAGUCCCAGAUCGGGCGAAAUAUCGAAGCCUACGUGGAUGACGUCCUCCUUAAGAGUCAAACGACCUCCACUUUCCUUUCCGACCUGAGGGAAGUCCUUGAGAUCCUCCGGAAAAUCCGGAUGAUGCUAAACCCCAAAAAAUGUAUCUUUGGGGUCACCUCGGGAAAAUUUUUGGGCUACCUCGUCUCCCGACGAGGUAUAGAGGCAAAUCCUGAUAAGAGGCUUACGAGGCGGUUGGCAGCCCUGAACCGGUUUCUGUCACAGUCAGCCUCCAAGGCAUUACCCUUCUUCAAGAUUCUCAAGAAGGCCGACAGCUUCUCCUGGACUGCGAAAUGUCAACAGGCCUUUGAGCAACUAAAAGGAUACCUUCAUCACCUCCCAACACUCACUUCGCCUCGGCCAGGGGACAAGCUGUUCUUGUACCUGUCUGCUGCUGCCGAGGCAGUAAGCGCAGUGCUGAUAAGGGAGGAGGGGAUACAGAUGCCAGUCUAUUAUGUCAGCCGAGUCCUCCGGGGUCCGGAAACUAGGUAUACCCAGGCGAAGAAACUCGUACUGGCUUUGAUCCACGCAGCUCGCAGGCUCAAACCCUACUUUUUAGCUCACCACAUUUGUCUGAGCACCGACCAACCCCUCAGACAAGUCUUAUCCCGGCCAGAGGCUUCCGGGCGCCUCACUAAAUGGGCCAUCGAAUUGGGGGAGUACGACUUGUCUUAUGAACCUCGUACAGCAAUCAAGGCUCAGGCUCUCGCGGACUUCUUAGCCGAGCUCACUUUUGAUGAGGCAAAUGAGAAUAUCUCGGCUAAAACUCCGGCCACGGCCGAACCUCAACGGUGGAUCCUGCAUGUGGAUGGCUCGUCUAACAGCGAGGGUAGUGGAGCAGGUUUGCUCCUCGAAGACCUCCAGGGGGAGGUGUGCUCAUAUGCCUUAAGGUUUGACUUCGUUGCUUCCAAUAACGAAGCCGAAUACGAGGCAGUCAUUGCUGGACUCCAGCUAGCCCGCAAGCUCGGCGUCGGGCACAUCUUGGUUUACAGUAACUCCCAACUCGUUGUGUGCCAGAUAUUGGGUGAAUAUGAGGCCAGAGAGGAGGUCAUGCAUCGCUACCUCUCCAAGGUCCACUAG